ACAUGUCACACAGACGGUUGUACAACUUCGCGCUACAUUUCCAUUUCGCAUUCGUCUACGUCUUGUCUGAGAAAACAGCUGAGGUAGUAAACACGUUUGACAGUUAGGCUAGCGACUGCCGAAACAUUUUUAACACUAUUAAAGCUGUUUGUGAACCUUGUCAUCAUGUCUAAUCCUUGUGCUGGAUGUAACAAAACAGUGUACUUUGCUGAGCGGUUAGUUGCUAUGAACAAAGACUGGCAUAAAGUAUGCUUCAAGUGUGCUGAUUGCAAGCAAACACUGACACCAGGAAAACAAAGUGUGCAUGAGAAUAAACCCUACUGCAAAACGUGCUACGGACGGAACUUUGGACCAAAGGGCUACAGCUCUGGCAAUCCAUCUGCCGUCAAUAGUUACGUGAGCAAGUAAGAGCGGGAACCAGUGAUGAACAACAAGGGAACCAGUGCUGUAUCUCAAAACCUGCGCUCCAUUCUUUAAUCUCUUGUACUGCGCUAUAAUCUCCCAUGAUGCACUAUGAUCUCCCAUAAUGCACUUUAAUUUCCCGUAAUGCACUAUUGUAGAUAUAGACACUGCUUCAAACUGCUUAGAACGAUUUGAAAAAAAAAAUCAGUUUCAAAGACUAGAGAUAUUCAUUCCAUUAAAAUCUUUUUCAAAGGCAUUACUUUCAGCCUUUAUUUUUUUAUAAUUUGGGAAAUGAUACAGCAUUCCCUUGCAGUUUUGCACCCAAAAAUCUUUUUGGGAGCAAACAAUUUUGGAAGUUAGUUGUUUAUUAGAGGACUCGGACUCGGAAGUUCUUAAUUUAUCGAGAAAAAACAAAACUCGUAAAAUGUGAGUUGGGGUUUAAUUUUCUUUGUUUUUUGGGGCUUAUAGCUGCAUUUUUUCCCCAAAGAACAACUUUCUAAUCUUAUUCUUCCAUUUACGAACCCAUUAUACAUCCAAAAGUGUUUCCAAAAGUGUUUGACCUGCACUUCUGCAAAAUGCACUUCAACUGUGAACUUCAUAUCUUUGCUUUCGUCAAUUGUUGAGCUUUUACAGUAAAUCAUUCCACUCAUUCAUUUUUCUCAUUCAUUGUUUUUCAUGUUAUUCCUAGUAUGUUUUAACGUAAUUGUAAGGUAGGCCAGUAAAAUAUUGUAUUCGCUUUAAAGAGCAAAGUACUGCAUGUAUGUAUGUACCGGUACCUGUAUAUAUGUGUAGCUUACAAUGAAGUGAUUCUGAAGUUUUGAAAUUCUGUGGUAAAGUGAAAAAAUUGAUCAAGAUCCAUGCCAAGUCAUUUUUGAUUAUUACCAGAAUUUUCUUAAUUUUGAAAAGAGAUCCCAUUUUGUGAUAUGGAUCCCAUUGAGUGACAUCAGACGUUAAUUCCUAGCUCCUUCUUUGCGAUCAAGUACUACACCCCAUCAUCCCUGACCAAUCCACGCCCAUUAAUUACUGGCAAUCAAUUUGGCCAUGGUCUUUAUAGCAGGUGUUGCUAUCACUCUGUGACAUUCACAAGUCCAUCAGGGAAUUGCCUACAGGCAAAUUAAUAUGUUUUGGCUCAUGUGCCGUACAUGUGUUCCCCAUCAACAGCAGAUCGCCUCUUGGAAUAAAAUUAUAAUUUUUAAACAUAGGGACCAAUUAAACCACUGUACGAUUAUUUCCUGAUUCCAAUUAGUAACAGAAACAAAUUUCUCCUCUCAGGGUCUGAAUCACAUUUUAUUUUCAUGACAUUUUUUGUAAAGAUUAUUUUUUAUCUUAGGAAUGCAUACACCAGAGGCUGUGUUUACCAGUGAACCAUGAUAUCACUGGCUUGUUUUAUUAUAAUUUUUCUGUCUGGCUAAUGUCUGUUGAUUGAUAUGUGGAGCAUUGGAGACCAGCCCCUGCCCGUAUUGCAGAGUUUAUGUAGCUCAUAUCAUGUCGCAAAGAUCAGUGGAGUGUUUCAUGCUAGGGUUUCUUUUUCUAUUCUCCAUUUAUUUUGUUUAAAUUUGCUGCGGGAUAGCAGCUCAACAAAUCAUUAAAGGGAAGAUACAACAUUUGCAAACACCAAAAAACCAAAUGAUCAAAUUAUCAUGGAAUAUCUUACUGAAUUGAUAGGGAAUGACAGUCUUAAAGCAUCCUGUAAAAUCAUGGCUCCUGGUGUGCUGACAUUUUCAAGAAAAAUUGUAUUUUUCCAAUGCUGGUCGGCCGACCAGCGUUGGAAAAAAAAUGGCUUAAGUCUCUCUGUUAGUCUGUAGUCCGUAACAAAUGUGGACAUUGUCUAUUGUUCACCAUGUUCACUACAAACACGCAUUUUAACUGAUUUCAACCAAACUUUGUCAAAAGUAUCAAUAGCCAAUCCCCAACAUGUUACAUGACCAAACUGGGGUCAAAGGUCAUCAUAUGCAUUUGGGUCAAAAAUCUGUACUAAAAAAACACUACUCCCAAAAAUAAGGCACAAUCACGUGACUCAUGCAUGAACACGAAUUUGUUGGCCCGCAGCUUCCGAGAUAUUUCUGGUUUGAGCUUAUUGGUUAGUCAGUCGAGUAGUCACUUGAUUGAUUUUGGUUGGUUUGGAAGAUGUUUGGUCUCAAAAGUAACCAAUCAAGAGACAGAAUUUUCUUAAAUGUCAGGAAGGUAAAUGAAGAAAACUGACGAGUCCUUGUUAAUCAGUCUCACAUUAUCUCGAUGUAUUCACUAAUAUUUUAUGUGUGUAUUCUAGCUAGUAUUUCACUUUUGUGAAACAUUACAAUUGAAUGAAGAAUUAUAUAAGUGUUGAAAUUAUAUAUACUGAAAUAAUCAUAUAGAUUCAAAUAAUUACUCUCCUGAAUUUGCUUGCAAUAAGCCAUUCCAAAUGAAUAGAUAAAUUCUAAAUUGUAUUUUGCCAAUAUGUAA